AUGUACCUAAUAUGUAGCUAUAGCCAAUAUUUCCAAAAAGGGAAUAAAAAAAAUAACUCGUGUUGUCCACCCCCCAGGGAGCACCGGACGAGUCCGGCGCAGGUGGCAGUGCCGGGUGGCACGCGCUCGCGACCCCCUUCGCGCCUCGACCGCGUCCCGCGCCGCGCUGCUGGCGCCGCGCCCUCAACGUCGACCCGCCCUGGCUGCGGCGUGCGCCCGCCCGCUGACACAUUACUUUGCCGACCACCUGACACUUGUGGACUAGCGCUAACGGACCCCUACCACCGGGCUCGGACACCUGACCCCCCCUGUAUCGCACCCCCCAUCCCUCGCAUAGCCGAC